UAAACUUUCAAAGGUUGUUUCCAAAUAAUGUUUUCCAAAGUCUUCAAUAUUGUCCACCCUAGGGUAUGAACUCAUUCAACUUGCCGUCCUUUUUAAAAAUUUUAUGCAAAAUUUCCUUUCAUUUCCUUCGCUCAGCCACCUUCAGAAGAGACUCAGACUAGUGGUUCAUUGAUUUUGACGCUGAGAUGAAAACUGUGCACAGUUCCCAGCAUCGACUCUAGUCAGGGUUUACUGCUUAAGUCAGGAGAUUGUGGUGUCUUGCAGGUUUGAGCUUUGAGCUUCAGCCAGGAUGAUAGAGGUUGUUUGCAAUGACCAUCAGGGGAAGAAAGUCUGUGUUAAGUGCAAAUCCAGUGACACCAUCGGGGUUGUUAAGAAACUGAUCGUAGCCCAAACUGGCACCCAUUGGAACAAGAUUGAUCCUAAAAAGAAGUGGUAUACAGUUUUUAAGGACCAUGCGCUGCUGGGGGACUAUGAAAUCCACUACAGGAUCAACCUGGAGCUUUAUUUCCAAUAGAAUGUCAUUUCUUCCUUUCGCUCUGCUCUCUUGCCCUUCCAUCACCCCCUAAUGGGGUAUGGGUGCUUGUUUUUAAACACUUGCAUGAAUAAAGUCCA